AGAACGAGAUGGUCCUCAUCACUGUUACAAUUGCACUGCAAUGGGAUACAAAGAUCGUGGACAAACCAAUCCCUGACCCCUACACCACAAAGGUUUCUCAAGGUACGUUUCUUAUUGACAUCAUGAAGAAAGCUGCAGACGAAGAUGUUAAGGGGCCGUUCAAUAAAUACUCCACCACCUAUUAUGGUGGUACAGGGGAUUUUGUCAUCGCCAUGGACGGGAUUGAACAGGUAUUGCAUUUUCAUGAUUUCUUUCUCUUUCUGCCUUUUCCUUGGGAGAGGUGUUUUAAUUCCAUUUCACGCACGAAUUAGAAAAAACAUUCACGCGUCACGUAUACUUUAAAUAGCAUUUCUUGCAUCACGAAUUGAAAACGGAAACUCUUCAUAUGUGUCAAAUGCCUCUUCAUGCUACGCUCUUCGUAAAUCUAUUUUCGCAAAUUUUUGCCGAAUCCAGAUACCAUCCAGAAGAAGUCUCAUGACAAAAAUUUUCCUUUAACUAAAAUUUCUUUGAUUUUGACUGUUCAGGAUCCCGCCAACAAUCUAUACUGGAUGAUAAGAGACAAACAGACUGGAAAUCUCACCCCAACGGGAAUAGACCAAUACCAGCCACAGGACGGGUCAACUACAGUCUUCAGCUAUGAAGAAACAGGCAAGAGUCACCACGAAAGACUUACUCGUGGUUAAGCGUUUGGACGAGGAUGGGGUCCUCUGGAUAAAUCAUAACCCAAAGUAGAUAAUGUAAACCACCAUGAUUAGUUUUAAGAAAACUGUAAUAGUUUAUAUAAUAUUUUUUUACUUUGCUGUAUCUAGUGCUAAGUCAUGAUGUUAACUUCAGCUUUACUUAAGAAUUUAGACGUUUCACCUUUUGAUUCGUUUCUCAAAGAUCGUAUUGCGAUGCUGUUGCAUUGAACUGAUUUUCCAAAUACUUUUUAGUUAUAACGUCAAUUUAGGCAAAUUUACCAUAACGCUCACGUAUAGUGAUCAGAGAACGUUUUUUUUUAUUUGCUUUUGAUAUGUAGAGUUUGGAAAAUAGCUAUUUUUCAUAUACUCCAUAUGUUUUGUAUUUUCUCAUUAGUCAAAUACUGGUUGAAAAGCCCCACUGAGUUCCGGUUGUGAUAUGUAUCAAUAAAGGGAGUAAGUUGCUAAAGAAACUGUAGUGCUAACAGUCUCUGAGUCAUUUUGAAGUCAUCAAAGGUUUUUAAGAAUGAUAGAUUUAACUGCGUAGCUGUGAGGGUAAAAAUGUGAGAGUGAAUGGAAUGCGAUCGGUAUUUUCCUUCAGUGACGUUUGUGGUGCUGACUGUCGAUCAAUUUGUUGGACACGGUGGUAGCUCGCUUGAACGACCGAGACAGGAUAGCCACGUUUAUCGAAAAACUGGCACCUUGCCUCUGAUUUUAUUUUCCUGUGCAUCUCAGCCAUUGUGGAAGGCUGGCUGUUAUUUAGAUGCAGUCAGUAAAGGAAUUUCAAGCAAUUUCGUAGAAGCAUUUCAGUAGUACGCUAGCGUUACAGAAUAACACUAGAUUUCGGGUGCCGCAUGCGCUCAAGUUCAACAUUCAGCUUUCGUUGUCUUACAAGUAACUUUCAAGAAAACAUAUUGAUGUCUUAGAGUCUUGUGACAAGUAUAAUGAAGAGUCGAAACGAUGAACAUUUUUACAGCCUUUCAUAGUUUUGUUAGGCUUUUUGUAUGCUGUUACUGUUAUCAAUGCUGGUAAUCUCAAAUAUCGAAACGCUUUUUCUUUUCCUCGCUGAUUUCUAUUCUUAUUUCAGUUAAGGAGAAUUUAAUGCUGCUCUAUAUUCAUUGAUCUGCCAUUUGUCUGUUUAUUUGGUUUUGUAAUGUCAGCCGCUUUUAAGGUCGUAUUGUUUAGGAAGAAGCCUUUUUAAGCACAGUUGAAUUGGUCGAUAAACAUUUUGAACCGGUUCUGAACCAGUUUGAGUUAGGUGAAAAAGCGUAGGUAGCGACCGCUGUCGUCUACGCAGACUCUUUGAAGUUAGGCUCCGGUUGUCAGCAAAUAAUGGUUGGGGAUGAAACGGUUAAAAUCGGUAGAACACGACCUAAGGUUUAUUCCUCGACACGCGAUAAUGAUUCUUUAAUCCAAAAAAAUCCACGUUUCCUUUCCAUGAACACUUGAUAAAAAUGUUGACAGUGCACUUCCCACUCUUUCUGAGAUUUCUUACAGGUAGUGAAACCUCAGCAAUUUUCAACUGAAUGUAGAAAGUAAUUUGAUUUUGCUGCACAGCAAAUAAGACAGUAAAAGUCGCUCCAUUCUUCUGACACUGAACACCCUAACAUCUCAAGUGAGAGCACAAAGUCAAAUUCUUCGACUGCUGGAAAGGGAAAAUUAUUGGACCGGCCACAAGUGCAGGAAAAACGUGGAACAAAAGACGGGACAAUUUUAUCAAGUGCAUAGCGUGGGGGGUGGGGGGAGGUAUUUGGAGGAUUUUGGUUGAGUUACAAUUAAAAUUUACCUGAUCGUCCCUUUAGGCUUAGGUGUACUUGAACGAAUACAUUUGAAAACAAAUUCUCUAACCUUUCUGCUCUUGUUUCGUAGACUUUGUAGAGUUCGUACUGGAAUACUGCUUGGUUCAUGAUCACGUCUAAAAAUAGAUGACGCUUCUGAAGAUGCUUUUUAUCAAUAUUCAGAUUUGAUAGCUCAUUUAGUAUAACAAGAUUCUCGAUAGGUUCACUCAUAAAUGUUCGCUCCCAAAUAGAUCUCUCGGAAGGCAUGCGGACCGACCCGUUCCGAAAAUGCUGAACUUCUUUUCUUGUGGGUCUACCGCGAACGGCGUGCUCGUUUCUAUGUGACUUCAGCUCCUUGAAGUCAUGGAACGUCACUCUACUUACUAUGUGCUCAGCGAUGCGCACAGCGUUCAGCGACCGCUCCGAUGUCUUACUCUUCGCAUACGCUUUAAAGCUCAAACGGCGAUUUGUGACUGAACGAGGGGAGAAAUAGGCCCGGAGUUUCUUUUGGAACGCCCGAGUAACUAUAAAACUGUUUUUUUUUCGCGGAACACAGUCAGUCGUUGUGUUGAGCUAAUCUUUCAAUUUGAUUUUCGGAUAUUGUAGGCGUCAGUUACCCUCUCCAGAUUUCCAUCGACCAUCAACAGAUAAUCUAACAAAAAUUAACUUCUACUCAAUUUCAUAAAGGUAAGAAAAACUGAAUAAUCGUAGAAAAGAGAUUAUAAACAGUUGAUAUUCUCUUGUCGUAGAUGAAUGUUGAAUAGAAUUAUUACAAUGAUUUUGUUUAUAAGGUUGCACUGUAGUGACGAGUAAGCUCCAAUUUUUUUGCUCUAUAGGUUUAGUUUAAAGGGAAGAGGUCUCAAUGGAGUUUUUUUUGUUUUAUCGUGGUUAGAUGCAUAAGGUAUAUGAGGAAAUUUAGGCGAAUCACGAUGUGCGAACUUUUUCUUGUUUAUCGCUAGCCACCGAUCAUGCGUGAAGUGCUCCGAUUUCAAGUGACGCGCAUUUCCAAGUCGCAACUACUGAAUGAAACUGUUUCGUAGUAGAACUCCAGCCAUAGCUUUGUAGACCGGACUAACUUUUGAGAGUUUAUUUGUAUUUACCUACAAAGGUAAAUCGAUCGCCCAACCAUGAUCCGUGUCUUAAAAAGGGUGAAUUGAGUACGAGUAUAUAACGAGCCUAUCAAAUUUGCGGACUAACGUUCCUGACCUGCCUAGAAAUUUGUGAGAAAACUAUAAAGCUGAUUUGCUUCGCGGAACACAGUAAGUCGUUGUGUUGAGCUAAUCUUUGAAAUCGAUUUUCGGAUAUUGAUAUUCUCUUGUCGUAGAUGAAUGUUGAUAAAAUUGUUCCAUUAAUUUUGUUUGUUGGCAAGGUUGCGCUGUAGUGACGGGUAAGCUCUAAUUUUUUUGCUGUAUAGGUUUAAUUUAAAGGGAAGAGGUCUCGGUCGAGUUUUCCUGUUUUAUCGAAGUUAGAUGCAUCAGAUAUAUUAGGAAAUUUAUGUGAAUCACGAUGUGCGAACUUUUUCCUGUUUAUCGCUGGCCACCGAUCAUUUCUGAAAUGCUCCGAUUUCAAGUGGCGCGUAAGUCGCAACUACUUAGUGAAAGUGUUUCGUAGUAGAACUCAUGCCAUAGCUUUGUAGACCGGACUAACAACUUUUGAGAGUUUAUUUGCUGAGCAGAACUGAAUUUCAAUUAAGAAGUUGAGAAAAAUGUUUUCGUCGUGUUGGUUGUUUUUCUCGAGUUUAAGCAAACAGAAACUCAUGCAACUUGAAACGUGCCGUUGCUAUGAUGGUUCAAUGCCUUUUCUACAAUGGAGACGUCAUUUGGUUGUGAGCUUUGUGCUUGCGGUUUUGUGAUCGUUAAGGAUAAACUUGGAAUGAAUUGAUUUCUCACGCCAUCGUAACCUCGCACCAAGACAAGAUAUAAAAGCUCUAGUUCAGAGCCGCAAAGUAGACUUGUCAAACAGUUGACAUUCUCUUGUCGUAGAUGAAUGUUGAUAAAAUUGUUACAUUAAUUUUGUUUGUUCGCAAGGUUACGCUGUAGUGACGAUUAAGCUCUAAUUUUUUGGGGGUAUAGGUUUAGUUUAAAGGAAGAAGUCUCAAUGGACUUUUCCUGUGUUAUCGAAGUUAGAUGCAUAAGCUGUAUUAGGAAAUUUGUGUGAAUCACGAUGUGCGAACUUUUUCCUGUUUAUCGCUGGCCACCGAUCAUCCGUGAAAUGCUCCGAUUUCAAGUGACGCGCAAGUCGCAACUACUGGCUGAAAGUGUUUCGUAGUAGAACUCCAACCAUAGCUUUGUAGACCGGACUAACAACUUUUGAGAGUUUAUUUGCUGAGCAGAAUUGAAUUUCAAUUAAGAAGUUGAGAAAAAUGUUUUCGUCGUGUUGGUUGUUUUUCACGAGCUUGAACAAACAGAAACUCAUGCAACUUGAAACGUGCCGUUGCCAUUGUUGUUUAUUGGUGAACGGAAUUCAAUGCCUUUUGUAUGAUGGUGACGUCAUUUAGUUGUGAGCUUUGUACUUGCAGUUUUGCUUUCGUCGUGUCGCUUAUUUUUCACAAGUCUGAACAAACAGAAAUCCAUGCAACUUGAAGCGUGCCGUUGCCAUGAUGGUGACGUCAUUUAUUUGUGAGCUUGCUAUCGUUAAGGAAGUAUACUUGGCUGACUCAAUUUCUCACGCCAUUGUAACCUCGUAUCAAGAUAUAAAAGCUGGAGUUCAUAGCCGCAAAGCAGAGACUUUACAAAAGGAGCAAUGGAGAAAACGUUGCGUUGGUUUUAGAACGAUAAAAUGAAUGUCAAACCGGUCUGUCUUUUAAUCGAGGAGACUUAACUGUUUUAUUCCGGAUUAACUCGGCAAUCUUUGUAUUGAGUGCAUAUGAUAUAUUUUAGUUUGAUUGGUUUUGGCAGCCGAGCUGUUUUUGUGGUCUUUAACUGAUGAGAGCCAUUAUGUUGAUUGAAAUGAAACAGGGUGACAUUUUUCUUGCUAGAAAACUAUAAAAUUUCCUUAUAUCAUGGCUAACACGGCGAAGCGUGAUUCAAAGGUUACUGAUGAUGGCUCAUUUCGGUAAAGUUUGUGACGGGACUCUCUUACUCGGAGGAUGAGUCAGAGAGCCCUGAGAACGGAUUCGAACCUUCACAGACAUCAUCACAGUUUCACAGCACCAUCAUAACAAAAGUGACAUUUUGCAUCUACUUAGAACGAGAUGGGCCAAAUGAUCACUGUUACAAUUGCACUGCACUGGGAUACAAAGAUCGUGGACAAACCAAUCCCUGCCCCCUACACCACAAAGGUUCCUCAAGGUACGUUUCUUAUUGACAUCGUGAAGAAAGCUGCAAACGAAGAUAAAGAGGGGCCGUUCAAUAGGUACUCUACCACCUACUAUGGUGGUACAGGGGAAUUUGUCAUCGCCAUGGACGAAGUUGAACAGGUAUUGCAUUUUCAUGAUUUCUUUCUCUUUCUGCCUUUUCCUUAGGAGAGGGUAUCGAAGGGGGGGGGGCAGGAGGAAGAGGUGUUUUAAUUCCAUUUCACGCACGAAUUUUAAAAAAAUUCACGCGUCACGUAUACUUUAAACAGCAUUUCUUGCAUCACGAAUUGAAAACGGAAACUCUUCGUAUGUGUAAGGUUUCCAUGUCAACAGAAAUGCUUCUUCAUCCAACGCUCUAUCGUAAAUUUAUUUUCGCAAAUUUUUGCUGAAUCCAGAUACCAUCCAGAAGAAGUCUCCUAACAAAAAGUUUCGUCUAACUAACAUUUCUUUGAUUUUUACUGUUCAGGAUCCCGCCAACAAUCUAUACUGGAUGAUAAGAGACAAACAGACUGGAAAUCUCACCCCAACGGGAAUAGACCAAUACCAGCCACAGGACGGGUCAACUACAGUCUUCAGCUACGAAGAAUCAGGCAAGAGUCACCACGAAAGACUGACUCGUGGUUAAGCGUCUGGACAAGGGUGGGGGUUCUCUGGAUAAAUCAUAACCCAAAGCAGAUAAUGUGAACCACCUAUGAUUAGUUUUAAGGAAACUGUAAUAGUUUAUGUAAUAUUUUUUACUUUGCUGCAUCUAGUGUUAGCUAAGUCAUGACGUUAACUUCAGCUUUAUUUGAGAAUUUAGACGUUUCACCAUUUUGAUUCGUUUCUCAAAGAUCGUAUUGCGAUGCUGUUGCGUUGAACUGAUUUUCCAAAUACUUUUUAGUUAUAUCGUAAAUUUAGGCAAAUUUACCAUAACGCUCACGUAUAGUGAUCAGGGAACGUUUUUUGUUUAUUUGCUUAUGUAAAGUUUGGAAAAUAGCUAUUUUUCAUAUACUCCGUAGGUUUUGUAUUUUCCCAUUAGUUAAAUACUGGUUUAAAAGCCCCACUGAGUUCCGGUUGUGAUAUGUAUUAAUAAAGGG